UAUGAAGUAGCAAGGAGAAAGCUAAAAGAAGCUGAAGAACUGUCAGAUUUAAAUUCCGGUACAGAAAAAGAGGAAUAUCUUAAAAAAUCAAGGAAAAUUGGAGCUGCUAAAAUCAUGGAUACAUCAAGUAGCAGCCAAGAAAUGUUGAAUGAUGAUGUUAUUUCAGAUAUACUUAAAUUUCCAAACACAAAAAAGAAGUGCCAAAAACACAUAGAAAGAUGUGAUGCGAAAGUUAUACACUGAUGCAGCUAACGAAGAUAUUGCAGGCCCUAUCAAAAUAUUGUUGGCUUAUGCCAAAGAGCGCAUAAAGAGACAGAGCCAUAAAGAAAUUGAAAAUACACAUUAAUAUGUCUUUUAAGUUUUUGUUGUUCAAUUUGUAUUUCAUUUUAUUUUUUAGUUUAUUUUAUAUGUAUUUCAACAAAGAACAAGUGUUUGUGAGAUCUUCCCAUUGUUUGUAUUACAUACAUAAAUUUAAGUUUUUCUUCAAUUUGUAUUUCAUUUUAUUUUUUAGUUUAUUUUGAAAUGAAAAAAUAAAAUGAAAUACAAAUUAAGCAAAAACUUAAAUUUAUAUAUGUAAUGCAAACAAUGGGAAGAUCUUACAAAUAAAAAUUUUUGUUUCAACAGAGAAAAAGUACUUGUAAGAUCUUCCCAUUGUUUGCACUACAUAUGCAAAUUUUUCUUUUCUUGGAAGAUUAUAUUCCGAAUUUUCAUCAAAAAUUUAAUAUGCAGUAUGUGCUUGUAAUAUGUUACAUAAUAUAAUAAAAACAUUUAUAAAAUUUAAGAAAAAAAGUUAUUUAACCUAAUGUAAUCUAGGCAAUACACACACACACACACACAUACACAUAUAAUAUAGUAUAUGUGCAUGAUA